ACUCCGCGCCAAAGUGCUCGAAACUUCAGAGCCCGGGCAAGCAGCUUUGCAUAGGCAAAUCACAACUACUCGUUGAGGCUGGCACACACACUCACACUCACACCUUUCGGCCUUUUACUUUUCAGCGCCACAAUGACCUCCGCACUGGUGCUCCUGAUGACCAGCGUUCUGCACUUCGGAUUGCGCGGCAGCUGUCUGCUGGACAUCGAGCGAUUCCCGGUGAUUCCCGGCACCAUCUACGCCGGCCACAUCGCCUACUGCGCCAUCCUGCACUUCCUGCACGACCUGGAGCUCCUGCCCACGCGCUAUCGCCGCCGGAUGGGCUGGCUGACCGCCUUCCUCGUCGAACUGGUGCUGGGCGUGGCGUUCAUGGAGGUCCUGGCCCUGUGGCUCUGGUGCAGCGUGGAGCACAUCCUCCACCUGUCCACCCAGUUCGUGCUGCGACGCUACCUGGGCGUCUCCACCGACGUCUACCUGCGCUGGGAGUGGGCCAUCAUGGGUGGCCUGAUGACCACGCUGGCGGCCAUGCUCUGGAUAAACGCCUACGAGGCCACGGAGCCCAUUGACUCGGAGCAGCUGUCAAGGACCAAGGCAGAGCUUCACCAGCGGCAGCGGCAGGAGAAGCGGCAACAGGAUCUGCAGAAGGUGGAACAGCCUGCUCUGGAGCCAGAGGAUCCACAGCAUCCAGAUAACGUGCAGCUGCCCGAGGAGAAGCAUCUGCAGCUGCUGGCCACCACCACCGAUUGCUAGUCCGUUGUGGUCGUGGUCCUGCAAGCCUUUGAUGUCGCAUUGGACUCGGGCUCGGGCUGCGAACAAAAGGACUUCGCAAAUCGGCCUCAAUUAGACGAACGAUCAUGCCGGGAGCAGACCAGACCAAACCAGACCAGAACCGACCAGACCAGACCAGACCAGACCAGACCAGACGAAGCAAAUGUAUUUAUUCCAGCCAGAUGGACUCGAAAGGCUCUAAAGACCGUGCCAAAGGGUGCUGGGAAGCUGGGAGGCGGGGCAAAAUGAUGGACUGCAGUGAAAUGUCUAUGAAAAUUGACUUGGUGUCCUGGCAUUGAGAGGCACUGGGGCGGAAGGAGCUGCCAGCGCCUGGAUGCGCGUCAAUUGACAAAUUGUCGGCUCGACUGGCCCUUCGUCCUGGCUUCGUCUUCUUCUCCCACUCCUACUCCCAGUUCCACUCCCAUUCCCACAUCCAUUUCCACUUGCUGAAAACCAAUCCGAAAUGCCAAAAAUACAAUCCCGGGCAAUUUUAGACCCAAACAGAGCAGAAA